AUGUCAAAAAAGUCUUAUAAGAAUAAAAUUAUUGAGACGGAGACUACUAAACAAUUUAUUCAAGCAUGUUUAGAUCAAGUUGCUAAACAGCAACGUAACGGAACCACUCUUACAACUGGGAAACAAUAUGAUAAGAUUCAGUUAAAAAAGAAAUGGGACAAUCUCAAAAAGGAAUGGUCAGCAUGGUACAAACUUUUUGGCAAAGAAACGGAUUUAGGAUGGGAUUAUACUAAACAUACCGUUGAUGCACCAAAUGAAUGGUGGGAGAGAAAACAAUUGGAAAAUCCCUUAUAUGAAAAAUUCAGAAAUAAAGGACUUCCUUUUAAAGAUGAGUUAACUAUAUUAUUUAAAGAUGUUAUGGCCGAUGGCAAAUUUGUUUGGGCUCCCUCAUCUCGGAUGUUACCAAGUAGCAUAGAAGAAGAUGGUGAUGGAUAUCGACCAUACUUUGAAGAAGGUCACGUUGAUAUAGAAGAAGGUUCUGGAGAUAGUGAAGAAGGUAUAGGUGCUAGUGUGGGAGUUAGUUCUGAAUUUCAACACAUAAAUCUUAGCUCUUCUCAAGAAAAUAAUAGUCAAAAGAGUACGGGAAAAAGAAAGAGAGAUGUGGUUUGUGAAACAAUCAAAAAGAAGAAAAAUUUUAAAGUCCCUGCCUCAAAGCAAAUUGCAGAUGCAAUAAGUAGAAUUGCCUCUGCAUCUGAAUCACGCUCAACUAUUGUGUCCACAUUUCUAGUACCCGGUGCAUCUAUUGGGGAAGUAAUGGCUGAGAUUCAAAAGAUGGAAAUGAUUACUAGUAAUCUCGAUUUUCAUAGUCGUUGUUGUCAACUAAUGAUGUUUAAACCUGUUAGAGAAAUGUUUGUAUCUUUAAAAGGAUAUGAGCAAAGAUUGUUGGAUUGA